UAUGCCCUGCGAUAGGCUGGCGACCUGUCCAGGAUCCCGGGGGUACGCGGUACGGAAGAUGAGAUGAGAUUAAUUAUCAGCUCCACCCCCUUACUGGCAACACAAUUUGGAAAGGAGAAACAGUCACACACUACUGAACUCCCGACAAGACAAAAAUAAUGGAAAAGGGAUCAGAACCUCCAGAAUACCCCGGCCCCCCUCUGGACAGCAGUGUGGCACCGUCCAUCACCCAGCCUAGUUUACAGCCCGCUGCCCAGCCCGCUGCCCAGCCUAGUGUCCAGACCGCCGUCCAGCCUUCUGCUCAGCCUGGUUUCCAGCCCGCUGCCCAGCCUAGUGUCCAGACCGCCGUCCAGCCUUCUGCUCAGCCUGGUUUCCAGCCCGCUGCCCAGCCUAGUGUCCAGACCGCCGUCCAGCCUUCUGCUCAGCCUGGUUUCCAGUCUGGUGUCCAGUCUGCUGCUCAGCCUGCUGCUCAGCCUGCUGCUCAGCCUGGUUUCCAGCCUGGUGUCCAGCCUGGUGUCCAGCCUGGUGUCCAUCUUGUCAAGACUGCUGCAGUUCAAGAGCAUACUUACCAAACUCAUAUCGUCCAGCCAGUGGCCCAAACCUUGGUGGUGCAGAAACCGCCUUCAGAUGUUCCUGGACAGAUGAUGUGUCCUCACUGCCAAUGCCAUGUCGUGACCAGAACCGAGCACAAAAAUGGUUUGUUCACUUGGCUCAUCUGCGGCAGUUUAGGCAUAAUCGGGUGUUGGCCUUGCUGUGUGAUCCCCUUCUUCGUGGAUGCUUGCAAAGAUGUGGAGCAUUCCUGCCCCAACUGUAACAACGUCAUCCACAUCCACAAACGCAUGUGAAGCAGCCCUGGAGUAUAAUCUCUGCUAACAUUAUGACAAAAGGUGUAAAAGUGAACCAUGACUAAAUACUAAAUCAUCCGUUUCUCACUUGUAUGCUUUGCUCGCACACACACAAGAGCCUCUUUCUUUUUCUUUAUCUUCUGAUUUAUAAUCUUCUAUGACAUUGUAAAAUGAUGAAAAUGUAAAAAUGUUGAAAACUAAAUUAUCAUUAAUUUUAUUCUUGACAUUAAUGAUACUGAUAUAUUCCAGUGAUGGGUUUAAGCAAUAAUGAGGGUUUUGCUGUCCAUAAUUAAAUCAAAUCAUAAAAUGUUUUUCAUAAUAGUUUAAAAGAGAACUUUCAUUGUUUUUGGCAUCUAAAUUUAUCAUAUUGACUUAAUGUUGAUAAGACUGUGAUUAUUUUCAUUUCUUUACUUACAUUUCAGCUAUUUGACAAAUAAAUAGAAAAUAAAACAUAAAAAAUAUUUUUAAAUGAACAAAAUCCAAAUUUGAUGACAAAAACUGUCAAAGGAGUUGUUUUUUCAUUUUGGGUUUUACAUUAUUAAGCACAAGAAUCCUACUUUUAUGAACUAUUAUCUUUGCAAAUAAUAAUGAAUCAAUAUUUAAUUGCUAAUCUCUUCAUCUGUUAACAGUUGAAGCCUUAUUUUACCAUAAUAACCAGGUCGCUGCCUGUACCACGGAGUGAUAUAUGAAUGUGUAAAUGUGUAAUCAAUCAGUUCCCAUCUCAUUGCUGUGUUGUGAAGAUUUCACUUUCGCCUCCUGUCACACUUCAUCCGACCACCAGAUGUCCUCAGACCUCCCUCUUAGUUCCAGUCCCCUCUCACACCUGCCUCAUCAGUUUAUAAAUACAUAGUCAGCCGCGGUGUACAUACGGUUAGUUGUGUCAUUUUAGUUACUUAUAUGUUUGACUUAUAGCUAUGUGACUGUAAAGUUAAAUAAACUAGUCGACUUUCACCAAGUUGACUCUAAAAAAUCAUCAACCCCUCAUUCAACCCCUGCUGGAUAUCGCUACUGCUUUCCUGACUGAUUCCAUUCCGAUUCACAUGGUCUUCUUCGUUAUCAUACUUUUUAAAUGCACUCAUUUUUCUAGUGUAAUGGCGCUCUCAGAGUUGUAGUGUAAUGUUUUGGAUUUCCCUCACAUAUGGACUGACCUGGCUGGGCAGUCUUUUCGAAAGAGAGGAUGCAGGAAAUGGUAUAUACUGUAUUUAAAAACUUUUGCUGAAAUUUUCUGAUCUUUCAAGAACAAUUUGAAUCAGAAAAUUGCAUACACAUGUCUCUCGUCUUUGCAUACUAUAUUAACACUGAAUGAAUGAAUUGACUAAUCAGUUGUUGUUGCUCACAAAGAAACAUCAUUACCAGACAUCUUACUGUAUCGUACCAUACCCUACGAAUGGUGUAAAUGAGCUAACAGGGCUAAGCCCUCCCAAACUAACACAAAAAACACAGAUUGUUUUAAGUUUUGGUGAAACAAACUUCUGAUUAUUGACUUCACACGACAUACUUCUUUAUGGGUCCUGUAAUCAUUUGUUAUGUUUGUAAAAUUAUUGUUUGAAAUUGAUCUUUCACUGUGGUCCUCCCUUCUUUGUUGUGGCCUAAAUGAGCAGGUCACAGCAUAGCAAAAAGAGUUUCUUUUGUUUUUGUUUUUUUUAAUUGCUUCAAAUAUAUUUCUUCUAACUGUGCAAAGAAAUGUCCAUCAUAGUUUGGCCAAUAUGACUAAAUGUUACACAACAAA